UCUACCAGCCAUGGAACUACUCCCCAAUUGGUAGUAUUUAAAACUUGCCAGUCUCACUCUUUGUAGGCUUGUGGGAUAUAUGUGCUUUUGCUGAAUUUUCCCACCUUUGCUAAAGUAGCCUUAACGUUUCAUAUAUUUACGCAUGAAGAUCUUCAGUUGGAUGCAAAACAAGCUGCAUGCUAUAAGGGAUACAAAGAAACUAAAUCCAUUAACGUCUAAUGACAACAUUGUGCAGAAGCCUUUCGAAGAAGAGCACAGUGACUGGCCUCAUGGGUUGCUUGCAAUCGGGACAUUUGGAAAUAAAAAUGUGAACGCAAUCCCGGAGACCUGCAAUCUACAAUCGAGCAAACUUUCCCAAGAUAAUUCAAAAGACAUUGACCAUGAAGAAUUUAGAAAUCAUCAAAAGAAAUCAAAUAUUAUACUGGACAGACAAGAUCCAGAGUCUAAUGUAGCGAAUGAGCUUGAAAGUCACCAUAUUUUGGAAAAGACAUUUAAGACAUCAUCAACCUCAGACAUUAACAGACCGUCAAGCUACACCGUGUCUGAUGAUAUAGGGGAUGAAGACGGUCCUUUCCAGCUUAUCAGUGGAACAGUUGUGAUUAAUCGAGGAAAGGAAAGUCACUUAGAUAGCACCAAAAAUGCUAGUAUUGGAAAGGAAUCACUGUCACUUCUCCUGAAAAAGAUGUUUAAAAGUGAAAUUACUCCAACUUCGAGUCUAAGAGAUUCGUUUCCAGAAGCGAGACUGGAGAAAUCAAGAAUGAACAAGAUUUUCAGAAGUGUGUUGAACAAAAAGAUAUUCCCACAAAGUUUGAGCACAAAGGCUACUAGCACAAAGAAAUGCUUGAAUAAUAAACAACAUUGCAUGAGUGAUGGCAAGAACAUAUUAGCAGAAGAGAUCUCAGCUGGAAGUAAAUGGGUCAAGACAGAUUCUGACUUUAUUGUUCUAGAGAUAUGAUGAAGUGAAUCUGGAGCAAUGAUGUAGUUGAAUGUCUGUAACCCUUGUGCUUCUUCUGCUCAUAAGUGGAGAAAACCUGAGAUCUUGGAGUUGGUGUCCAACAUAAUUUUCGCCAUGGAGGAUAUGCACAUGUUUUUUCCCAUGGAUGGUAUAAAUGUUUCACACAAUUACUCGCACGACGCCUCAAAAUAUAAACCCUUAACCAUUUGGGCUAUGCAACCGUGUUCAAACAAUACUCAAAUUUACAUCUAUCAUAUUAAUAUUGUGAUGAACAAGUUCUGAAAUUUCAUAAAAGAUUCACCGAGAUCAAGUGGGCAAGAGUGUAUCAUAAUUGGUAUUCAUUGUUAAAACAAAAAUGCCAACACAUAAUCAAGUCCUUUAUGUUGCG